CGAAUAGAUUUUUCGGACAACUCCAGGCACCGUUGACCGAAAAACGCUCACAAAAUGAUUCAAAAUCCAAGGAAACACCAAAGAAACACCGAGACUUGACCAUGAUGAUGACACCGAUCAAGACAUCUCCAAGUGAUACCAGUAUUGGUAAUUCACUAGUCCAACCACAGCAGCAGCAACUAAAUCAAGCAAGGUCCAGAGUCGGGCACUCAUCCUUGGCACUGUUGCAGGCUUUCAUUGCUGGACUCUCCUUUAUGGGUCUCUUGACCUUUCUUACUUCCUCCAAUACCGGUACAAAUACUUCUUUGCCAGUGCCUGUGGGGACUGUCAUCAAGUCCCUCCAUUCAAAUUCGACUACUUCAGCAAGCUCAUCUCCACCAAGCACUAUUUCUAAUUCGACUUCUUCGAUUUCCUCCUGGUGUCCCCAUUCGUCCAACCGCAGUAUUAAUAGUAUUUCCUGUCACAAUACAGAUCUGUGUCAUCCCUGCCAACGUCGCUUUCUCAUCAUUAUUGCAUCGGCAAGAUCGGCGUCGACCACAUUGACGUGGAUGCUCGAUACAUUGCCACAACUUCGAAUGAGUGGAGAAAACAAAAAUGUACUCUACAACAUGAUGACACUGCAUCAAUCCCUAUGGCAAAAUCGACAAUUCCAAGUCGCUUCCAAGAACAAGAAUGCAUUUGGUCACAAUCCCAUUCCCAAACAAACCUUUGCCUGUGCUGUACAACAAAUUGUACAAUCCUUCAAUCCACCACUACUGGAUCCAUCCAAUCAACAAACAUUGCAGCAAACCCCACAAGAAGAACAAGAAACAAUCAUUGGCUUCAAGACGAUCAAAUUCGAUUUGAAUCAUAAAGACAACAACAACAACAAAGACGAUAGUAACACUUCCGUGGUGAUACUAGACAAGACCACACGACAAAUGAUGGACUUUGUCAGGGACAACCUGCCCUGCUCUCGCAUCCUGGUCAACAUCAACUCCAAUGUCACACGCCAAGCCAUGUCACAAGAAUCCUCGGGCAUUGCUCGAUCCAUGAAUCCAGAGGAAUUGGAACUGCGAAAUCAACGACUCCGACGCAUCCAGCAACGGUUUGGGGACCAUCAUGCCCAUCUCUUGGAUGCACAGCAGUGGACCAACAAUGUCACCGUCCUCAAUCAAGCACUCGAUUGGUUGGGGUACAGUCCAGAAUGUCAUUUCCAAGAAGUGCUGCAAUUCAAUACCGUCAAUCGAUACCGAAAUGGCAAGACGGAAAUGUCGCAACAACCCAAUCCCAACUGUCGAUUGAUGGUGUAGUUGUAACAAGAAGCAACAAAUACAAUACAUGUGCCAAAAACUAGCUAGAUGGGUCCUACUUUGGAGUAAUGGAUGAAAAGCCAAAAACUGAACGAAUAGAGACUCGUUUUCUAGUUUCUAUUGGAACGCAUUUAUUAUUUGCAUGUCAUUGCUUACGCACGGAGUGGAAAAUCGUCGAAUCUACACAAGUACACACAUCUUGCCCAAAAGAAGAAUGAGGUUUCCGUGCUGAUGAGGGCGUGAGCCCACAUGGUGGCACAAUCAGUACUACCUUGCACACACCCAAAAAUACGGCAUUUCAUUGUGCAUACGGUAGGACGGAACAGGGAGACUGUUGUCGAGCAGGGUAGAUACUUGGCGAUGUAUCGAUACUACUGUAGUAGGAAAAACAUAAGAUUCGAUGACAUUCCCUUGCUAGCCGGCUGCAACCAAAACGUGAAGGCAAAUGGUUCCUUUCAGGGUACGGUGCCGGUAAGGUGCUUUCCUCAUGAUUUUGUUUUCGGCCCACGCCGUCUUGUGGAGCCUCGAAUUGCGGCCAUAUUGAAUUUUCUGCAGCAAUCAAAAACAUCCUCUUGGACCUUGGAUCCUCGUAGCUAUUUCAUUGUCGAUUUAAAAAAAUUGUCCUCAU